AUGAGGGUCCGCCGUCCGGUACAUGGGCGUGCAGUGCCAAUUGUCAAUCUUCUGAGAAAUGAAGAUUUACCACCUUAUAAAAAACGAAUAUGUUGCGGAAAGCCAGAAUUAUCGGUUCUUGUAGCAGGAACAAUUGAAGGUUUACGACACGAAGAGCUGGAAUCGUGGUUGCAGGAAGCUACUCCACUACGCUUCGAACAUAUCUGGAAGAAACAAGCGAAUGGAUGGGGACAUGUGCAUUUUAGUACACACUAUGAUGCAUCAAGAUUUUUCAAUGAAAUGAAAGAUAAAACCUUCACAGGACCAUAUGACCAUAUAAUCAGAUUUUCCGGUGCAACGUAUUUCAAGUCCAAGAAAACGGUUGAUUAUAUUAUCGGGUCAAAGACACAUCCUCUAUCUCCUCCGUCUACGGUCUUUCCUUCCGAUACAUCAUCUGCUAGUCUUUCUUUACAAACCGAUAAAGAUAAGUCGAAGCCCGUAAAACAGUCUUCGCUAAACAAGUCCCAAUAUGCGUUGUAUGAUAACAAUGAAGGGCUUGUAUUAGUUAAUAUCUUGUAUCAUUUGAUAUUGCUACAAAUUGAUAUUGCUGAUGAUGAUCAAACUAUCACUAUUACUGCGGAGAAUUUGGUAAUCGAAGAAAACGGCACGGAGAUUGUAAAUAAUCUCUCCACAAGGUUUGAAGUGAAUAUUGAUCUACCGAGAAUGGUGCAUGCAGAUCAUCCAGUUAAUGUCAACAUCGAGCAUGGCAUUAUAACGGUCAGUGGUUAUUCCAAUCUCGAUUUAGUUCAACUAAUAUCUUUUCCAUUUGAUUAUUAG